AUGGGUCUCGGCAAUGUGAGUAGCUUCCUGCUUCUUUUGGUUAUCUUGAGCUGUACUGUUUUCAGAGACAUUCUGUCCCAAGAUCAGAAGUGCAAAUCAGCUUUUUUAUUUGAAUCAUUAAAUGGUUGCAUAGAUGUCACAAAUAGUUCAUGUGGACCUCACAAACAGUGUGCCAGUGCAGUUGGUUCCUUCUGGUGUCAAUGCAAGGCAGGGCUUAACGCUUCAACAACCUGUUCUGAUGAUCGACUCAUGAGAAAAUGUGAAGAUGUGGAUGAAUGCCAGAAUAAAAGUGCGUGCGGAGUGAACACGACCUGUCACAACUCCUAUGGGUCUUUUUACUGCGUUUGCAAUAAAGGAUAUCACCAAGGGCAGGGAGACACCCAUCCGCCCUGUAGAGUGGAUCCACUUUCCUGUGACUCUGAGAAGCAGAACUCUACGCUGUCACAGUGCAAAUGGUAUUAUGCAGCAAACUCCAAGCAGUUAAACUCUGCAGAAGAUAUAGUGAAAUGGGUUAAUUGCUACCAUGAAAAACUCUGUCAGAAUUUCAGUAGGACAACCGAUGCCAAGGAUAUGACGACAGUUGCCAACGAUGUUCUUAGUAGUUCACGGCUGGAUAACAUGAGCACCACUCAAAGGCUGGAGGUGGCAACGGCCAUAGUGAAACUCUUGGAGAACAUGGCAAUGGCGAUUGCUCUUAAACUACCCAGUUCAGAACACCAUCCCAUAGAAACAAGCUCUUUUGUUCUUAAGGUCCAGGUGAGCACGAACCCAUUGGUGAAAUUAGAAAUGCGGAAUAAUUCCUUGGAGACUUACCAGAGAACCAUCGCUGGAGAAAAUAACACUGAGUUUCAGGCCGUUUCCUUAAUUGUAUUCAAUGACUUGGGAUCCCUACUGAGCCAAGAGAUUAAAGGCGGCCGUCCAUCUCAGAACAAUGUCUCAUUAAAUUCCAAGGUGAUAGCUGCCACCAUCAGCAACAAAGCCGCCAGCUCUAAUCUGAAGGAAAAGUUCAAUUUGACUCUGAGACUCAACCAGGAAAAAAAAGUCGGGGAAGAGCUAAAAUGUGUCUAUUGGAGUAAUACCAAAAAGAACAGUGUCUGGAAAUCUGAUGGUUGUGAACUGAUCAAUUCCAAUCAGACACAUGUAAUUUGCCAGUGUAACCACCUGACAAGCUUUGCUAUUUUAAUGGCUCCAGUUAAGAUUGAGACUGACGACUGGCACUUGGAGGUGAUCACCUACAUCGGCCUCAUCAUCUCCCUUUUCUGCCUCGCCGCCUCCAUCGCCGUAUUUGUCCACUGCAAAUCCAUCCAGAAUGCUAACACCAAUCUUCACAAGCACCUGAGUAUCACCCUCUUCCUGGCACAGUUCAUCUUUCUGAUCGGAAUGCGGAUUAAACAGCCGGUUGUGUGCGCCCUGAUUGCCGGGUGUCUGCAUUAUCUCUUCCUUGCCGUCUUCAUCUGGAUGUUCCUGGACAGUCUGCAGCUUUUCAUCAUGUCCAGAAACCUGACAGUCACCAAUUUCACUCACACACAUAUCAUCAAACGAAGAUACCUGUACGUUUCUGCUUAUGGUGUUCCUGCUGUGAUAGUCAUUAUCUCAGCGGCAAUAUACCCCAGAGGCUAUGGAACAGAAACCGCCUGUUGGCUGAAGCACGAGUCGGGGUUUAACUGGAGUUUCCAAGGCCCGGUCUGUUUCAUGAUUCUGGUCAACUCUUCCCUAUUAAUCUGGACCCUCUACUUACUGAAAUACCAUUUUGACUCACGCAACAAGGAGAUAUCGAAGCUGAAAGAAACCAAAACCCUAACCAUUAAGGCGGGCGCACGGAUAUUUGUUUUGGGAUGCACGUGGAUCUUUGGAAUAUUUCGUGUUGAUGAGAGCACUACGGUGUUCGCCCACUUAUUUAAUGUUUUUGCCAGCUUCCAGGGUCUAUUCAUUUUCCUUAUUUACUGUGUUUUCAAUCGCCAGGUCGUUAAUGAAUUCCGGAAAUGGGUGACCAGUAAGCACAAGAGUUACACCACUGAAUCCGUACAGACUGAGGUGAACACAAACGAGACUUAUAAAACAAUGUAAUCAGAGGGAUGGUUCAAGACCCAAUGACAAGACUUGUCUCAGUGGAGAUUCUUUCUUUAAUGGUGUCUCACUCUUGUUGUUCCUGGCUCUGAGGAUUGCGGGUUUAAGUUCCACUCCCAAUGACAAAAGUUACAUUUCAGGUCUGGUUACACCUCCAGAGUUAGUUGACUUGUCCUGAAUUUGUUGAAAAUGCUCAUUUUUAAUUUAGUCUUUAAGUGUAUGUAUGAAAUUGAGUCUGCAUAGGAAUGUGUGUGAGAGAUGGUAUUUUUGUAUACAUGAUUAUAAAUUUACUUCUGGACAUUUACUAACUUUUGCAAAGCCAUCCUCUGUUAUUUUGCUUGUUGUUCCUUAUGACUGCAGUGCUAACAAGGUUGAGAACAUGUUGCAAACUGUAAGACCAUAAGAAGUGGGAACAGUAUUAGGCCAUUUGAGUCUGCUCUGCCAUUCGAUCAUUGCUGAUUUAUUAUGCCUCUAGCAUCCGUUCUCCUAGCUUCUUUCCAUAACCAUCGACAGCCUUACUAAUCAAGAACCCAUCAACCUCUGCUUUAAAUAUGCCAACGACUUGACCUCCACAGCCAUCUGUGGCAACGAACCACCUUCUGGCUAAAGAAAUUCUUCGUCUUCUCUUUUCUAAAGGGACGUCCGUACAAAGUCCAGACUGGUGCAUCUAUACAGCUCAGACACAUACAGAUCAGGCAUACACAUGUAGACCUGACUGACAGAUACCAAACCCAUGUAGUAGAUUGAUACACAACUUGGAUAUAUACACAGUCCGCGUUCACACAAAGACAAACACAUACACAGACCUAAAGCACAUGCGCACUGGUCACGUACACACACACACCACUUAGGGUACUGAGGGCAAUUUAGCCAGGCUGUGAUUGGCUAACUUAUGCACCAAUAGAACAAAUACCACACCUUCUCUUCUUCCUUUAUGCAAUGAACCAACAUGUAGAAGAUACUUGCUACUAUAGUUUAAAAACUAUGUG